GCUUCGACUAAGACUCGGACAAGUAGCUUCACCCGCAAUGUAUUGGCUGUAUCUUCGCCUCAGACCCCCGGAAUCAAGUGCGGUCCCAAUGGCACAUUCUUUGUCUCCUCUGGAAUAUCUGACCUUGACAAGAUACUUGGAGGCGGGCUUCCACUGGGAAGCCUAGUUGUGGUGAUGGAGGAUGCAGAAGCACCUCAUCACAUGCUACUAUUGAGGAAUUUUAUGUCUCAAGGACUUGUUCAGAACCAACCACUUCUUUAUGCUAGUCCAUCCAAAGAUCCAAGAGGGUUUUUGGGUACAUUGCCUAGUCCCUCCUCAUCCAAAGAUGACAAAUUGAGAAAUCAUGAUGCAGAACAGGAGAAGGGAUUGAGAAUUGCUUGGCAGUAUAAGAAGUAUUUUGGUGAAAAUCAGCAGAGUUUUAAUGGUAAAGAUACUAAGCAAGAGUUCUGCAAUGACUUUGACUUAAGGAAACCAUUAGAAAGGCAUUUUUACAGUGGGCAACGUGUGGACUGUAUUAGUUUCAAAGAUUCUCAAAAUCUUGUUGCUCUUCAUGACCAUUGUACCACAUUUUUAUCUCAAUUUCCUCGCAAUGAUGGCAGCAUUUCAUCCAUUGGUCGUAUUGCCAUUCAGUCUUUAUGUGCACCACAGUGUGAAUAUUCCAACAUGGAAUGGGAUGUGCUUUCCUUUAUUAGGUCUCUAAAAUGCAUGCUACAGUCUGCUAAUGCAGUUGCUGUUAUUACCUUCCCAUCUUCCCUUCUUUCAGAACCCAUCUGUAAAAGAUGGCAGCACAUGGCGGACAUUUUACUUUCAGUCAAAGCAAUCCCAGAUGAUGAUAAAGAACUGGCAAAACUCCUCACUGGUUACCAAGACAUGGUUGGCUUCCUUAACAUCCACAAAGUUGUGCGAUUCAAUACUCAGGUUCCUCUAAUUCUUGAGGCAACAACAUUCUCAAUAAAACUGCAAAAGCGACGGUUUUUGGUUUUAGAAUGUUUAAAUCAAGCUCCAAUUGACGGUUCAAGCGGGAGUUCAUAUGGCACAUCUAGUAGUUGUUCUGGGUCAUCCAAAACUGGCACACUUGAUUUUUAAUAGCAUUGCCAUAUCAUUGACAAGCUAUUCACUCUAUAGAAGUCAAGCAGGAUCUUGUGGCCAUUAAUGGAAGAACUGUUAUUGGUCAUGGUGCCAAAAUUCUUGUUAGCUGAUGAGAUCUUAGAGCUAGAAAGCAGUGUUAGUGUAGACACAAUUAACUGUAUUUUAUAGAGUUUUCUGUGAGAUUCAUGAGUAGGCAAAAUUAAUAUUUGCAAUUUGUACCUUAAUUAUGAUUAAUGAGAUUUACGCAGUGAAACUUUCUUUAA